AGGCGGGGGUGCAGAGGUGCCGCCGCCGCCUGCCAGUCGGGAGCGCGCGAGGCGCUGAGAGACCCAGAACCAGAGCUAGAGCCGCCUACCUGCAGCCGCCGCCCACGGCCGGGCAGCCACCAUGGCGCUUCUGCUGCGCUUCGUGCUCCUGUGCGGAGUCGCGGAUUUCACCAGAAGUCUGAGUAUCACCACUCCUGAACAGACGAUUGAAAAAGCCAAAGGGGAAACUGCAUAUUUGCCAUGCAAAUUUACCCUUAGUCCAGAAGACCAGGGACCACUGGAUAUUGAAUGGCUGCUCUCCCCAUCCGAUAAUCAGAAGGUGGAUCAAGUGAUUAUUUUAUAUUCUGGAGACAAAAUAUAUGAUAACUACUAUCAAGAUCUGAAAGGACGAGUACAUUUUACAAGUAGUGAUCUCAAAUCUGGUGAUGCAUCAAUAAAUGUAACAAACUUACAGUUGUCGGAUAUCGGCACAUACCAGUGCAAAGUGAAAAAAGCUCCUGGGGUUGCAAAUAAGAAAUUUCUGCUGACAGUUCUUGUUAAGCCUUCAGGUACAAGAUGUUUCAUUGAUGGAUCAGAAGAAAUUGGAAAUGACUUUAAAUUAAAAUGUGAACCAAAAGAAGGUUCACUUCCAUUGCGAUAUGAAUGGCAAAAAUUAUCUGACUCCCAGAGAAUGCCCACUUCGUGGUUAGCAGAAAUGACUUCACCUGUUAUAUCUGUAAAAAAUGCCACUUCUGAGUACUCUGGGACAUACAGCUGUACAGUCAAAAACAGAGUGGGCUCUGAUCAGUGCCUGCUUCGCCUAGAUGUUGUCCCUCCUUCAAAUAGAGCUGGAACAAUUGCAGGAGCUAUCAUAGGAAUUUUGCUUGCGCUCGUGCUCAUUAGUCUCAUCGUCUUUUGCUGUCGUAAAAAGCGCAGAGAAGAAAAAUAUGAAAAGGAAGUUCACCAUGAUAUCAGGGAAGAUGUGCCUCCUCCAAAGAGCCGAACAUCUACUGCCAGAAGCUACAUUGGCAGCAAUCAUUCAUCCCUGGGAUCCAUGUCUCCUUCCAACAUGGAAGGAUAUUCCAAGACUCAGUAUAAUCAAGUACCAAGCGAAGACUUUGAACGUACUCCUCAGAGUCCGACUCUUCCACCUGCUAAGGUAGCUGCCCCUAAUCUAAGUCGAAUGGGAGCGGUUCCUGUGAUGAUUCCAGCACAGAGCAAGGACGGGUCUAUAGUAUAGAGCCUCUUACCUCUCUUCUUUGUUCUCAGUGUUUCUUUUCUUCUCUUGAUAUAUUAAAACCUAUUCUAGUCUAAAUUUUGUUACCAGCCUCAAAAAAAAAAAAAAAGUUAACCAGAAACUGUAAGAAAUAUGCUUCACAAAGUUUUGUUUGGUUAUAUUGAAACAAUAAAGUUAAUAUAGUUAGUAAAGACAAAUUCAUCAUCUGGAAAAGGUGGAUUUUUUUAAAGAGGUUGAUUUCAAAGGUAUCUGAGUAUUAAUUAUAUAAGCACUUUGAAUAUUAAAUCAUAGGUGAAGAAAUUUGUAAACAUACAUGCAUACUAGAUUGAUACUUGAAUCAUCUGAAAGUGGUAAUUUAUAAUUUCUACCAUUAUUUUAAAGGUGUUUGUCUCAUUUAUUUAUGACUCAACAAUGUCUCCCAAAUUAGUAAAGAAAUACCCAUGGCAAAAAUACUCAUGUAUGUUUAUACUUGUUUUUCUAGCCUCUUUGAAAACGCUAAAGAUGUUUGGAAUAUCUCCAAUAAUGGAAAACACUACAGUAUUUUAGAAAUGACUAGUUUUACUGCUAAGCUAUUCAUAAGCCUUGGGUAGGAAAUGGUUUUUAAUUGAUAGACUGCUAUAGGCAACAGGGCCAUCAUAACCUCUCUUGGAUGCUCAAGAACAGAAGCAUCAACAGAUUCAGUUAGAACAUUUGCUUCAGCUACAUAUAGAGUUGGCACCAUUGGUCUAAUAGUAGGGGCAGAUUUUAAGUGUUGAAUGGUCUGAUGCGUUGAGGCCUAUGGCCAUCUGCAUGUGGUGACCAGAUCCAGAUGUAUUUCACAUUGUCCAACUAAACACUGGCUCUCCACUUUAGGUGAUGUUUUUCUAAUAAGAUAAUGUUGUAAUUCAUUUAUUAUUUGACAGUUAUAAAUGAAAAUUCCCUAAUUAUUGAUACUAAAUUUUAAGUGGUGUUUCGUUUGUUUUGGUGUAUUUUUUGUUUUGGGAUGCAUAUUAUAUAUACUUACCUUCUUGAAUGCAAUUCCUGGAGAGUAUUUUCAUCAUAGACUCAGAAAUUCAAUACAUUUUACACAAAUAAAGAUCCUCCAUCAAUUCUGUACUGCAGACUUUGGAGGAUGUACAGUUGCUGUUGUGUGGCCAAACAUGUCAUCGUGUAGUUUCAGCAAAUCAAGUUGAGCUUUGAAAAAAUUUGAGUCUUAAGUUUUGUGAAAGCAAUUUAUUCUUAAAAGAAAAGAAAAUGGAGUAAAGGGAAUACUCCUGCCUGCCAAAUGUGUUCAAUAAUGUUUAAGUAGAAGAAAGUGGAUUUAUUGUAUUUCCCUUAAGAUUGUGAGGGAAUGUGCAUAUAGUAGAAUGAGCCAACAGUUUUAUAGUAUAUAAGGUCUGUAAUAAAUUAUUUCAUUAGCUCUAAAGCCUUUUCCCUAGAUUUUAGUAGGGAGUUGGUUUCUGUUAAUCUCUUUGGGUGCUGUGGUGGUAAAUGCUACAUUAUGAAUUAAUGUUGGCAUGUAUUCACAAUUAGGAAGAGUGUUGUGUAUACUUUUUAAUGGUAAACUUCAGCUGAAUGUCUGCAUAAUGGAUUAGUGUACAGUUUUACAUAUUUGGAAACAUUUUAAGUAGAUUUUUAACCUUACAUAAAGUUGCUUUUUAUACUUGUGUUAACAUCUUCAUCUGUGCCUUUUUGGGUAAUUUGAUUUCUAUUAUGAUCUGGUGCCUAUGAGCUAGCUAUCACCUACCUGAAAGGUGCUUAGAGGUGAAGGUACUGUUUCUGAAAACACAUCACUGUGACACCUUUCUACCCUCAUUCUUUGAAUCUUGACUCUUCCUUUCUUUUCUUUUUCAAAGUAACUUCAAUAAUUGUGUUCUUCAUAAAAAUUUAAAAACUUUUAAUAUCCCCAAUACUCUUUGACUGUGUUUCUGAUUUUGAAACAGUAACUAUUUUUGAAUGCUAGAUAUUUGGCUUGUUUUUUAAAGAUAUUAGGAAACUAAAACAGAACACAGACUUUAAUAACAAAAGAUUUUUGGCCUGUCCUAUUUCUGAUUUUCAUAUAGUGAAAAUUAUGCUAUUAAUCAAAGUAGAAAUUAUUAUGGAGAGUAUACCUGUGUAAGGUUUUCCUUAUGUUAAACUCUGUAUUGGAUUUAACUGUAAGUAAAUCAGAAUCUCUUCCAAAAAGUAGUUUAGUUUAGAUCCAUAGCAACUGUAAUCCAAAAAACAAGCUUGUGAAAAAUCACUUGUGUAACCUGAACAAACCUUUCAGGUAUGAUUAGGUUUAGAGGACCCAGCUCAGUUUUAGGCUUAAUAUUUUCUUUAUUUACUUUUAUUGUAAAUUUCACUUGAUCUAAAGGUCAGAUAGUACUAGUAAUUUCCCAAAUAAUUCUCACUGUUAAAUUUUAAUUGAACCAGAUAUCAACUAUUUAUUCUAGAAUUACUACUCAUGUGAUCAAAUAGUUCAAUAAAAAAAAUUAUUAAACUAUUUCAACUAGAGCAUAGUAAUAUCAGUCAAGGACAACACUGCAUCUUCAAAGCAAAACUGUUUGAUUCCACUUUAUUCCUGAGAGACUUUAGUACCAUCUUUUAAAUAAGUUACAUUGGAUAAUUUGAAGAGAAACGAUAUUGUGGAUUAAUAUGGUUCUGUGUUUUGAAUAUGGAGUAGUUUAUAGGUAUUCUUAUUAUUAUUGACCAGUGUUAGAAAGCCUCCCCACCUAAAAAAAGUCUCAUUGAUUAUAUUCACCAGUUAUUGUGGGCAAAUUUUCUUUAUAUUUAAGCUGUCUGCCAAGGAUUUGUUACAGUAGAAAAACAGCCUGAGUGUAUCAUAGGGGGAAGUUAAUUGAAAACUUAAAAAUCCAUAUAGAUUACAGAUACAAAGAAAUAUCUGAUUUCUGUUAGAUAAUUUUAAAAAUUUUAGAAUGGGUCCUGGAAAUUUGGAUCAAGUAAAGGGGCAAGUAAACAUUUUGAUUAAAUAUAAGAAAAACUCAUUGCAUGAACUUGGCUAUCAAAUUCUGUAAUAUGUGGCUUAUUAAAAUAACUUCUCAGUCUCUUUUUGUGUGUGUGCAGCAUGUAAGUUUGAAGUUACAUGUGAAUGUUUAUAGUUUUUUUCUAAUUCUCAUUUCAACAGUGUUUAGGGCUUUCAGAUGCCUUAUUCUAGUGUAAACAGGAAAAGUCCAUAUUUUUUGUGGUUAAUGCUUUGGUGUGUCACAUAUGGAGUAGUUUGUAGAAAAUGUUGGCACAAUUUUAGAUUUUCAGUGGCUUGUGACAUUAUUAUAUAUAUAUAUAUGUGUAUAUAUAUAUAUAUAUAUAUCUUUAUAACAUUUCCGUGUUCACUAGUAUAAAUGUUCUGGGCAAGUUUUAAUAUUUCAAAUGCCUUUGGAUAUUCUAGUAAUAAAGGCAACAUAUUCUGCAAUAGGAUUUCAUACUUAUUUGCCUGCUUCAAUACUAAAAUAGUCUAUAACUGAGCACAAACUCCUUUCAUAAUUGUUAUAGAAGAAGCAGGGAAGAACGAUAAAUAAAUUCUGUGAAUUGUGGUUCUGUUUAUUUCUCUUAAGGGAAGGCUGAUCAUUUAUCUUAUGGAUAUUAACAUUGGUCUAUUAUUAAUUAAAAUCCAAUUUUACAAAAUACGUAUCCUAUUUUGUAAUUUAAGAAGACAUUGAUUAUAAGUUGGGUUUGGUUUUCAUCAUGGACUCUAAAGGUUCCAUCAAAGAAGAGUGAGCUCUGUUUCCUGCCAGCUUGUUUUAACAACACAAGUAUUAAAAGAACCACAAUUCACUGAUGCACUUAUUCUUGUUCCUAACUGUGAAUUUUAAUGGUAAAUACACUUGUACUACUGAGAACUAUUUUGACACUUCACAUUUGCAAAAUAGAGCAUUGGUAAUAUCAGUUGCAGAUUUUGUAUUUAAAAUUUCUGGCUUACAUAUCCAAUGGUGCAGAUUUUGAAAUUUGUAAGAACAAAACUUGUUUAAAAAACCAAGAACUUGCUCUUAUAGUUUUGUGACCUUGUGUACUUUUGAAAUAAAACCAAGAAAGCA